CAAAUCUGAGCCGGCUAUUCUUGGCGGGACCUAUAUAAGGUCCGGGCGUCGGGCUGGCGUCGCGACGCCCGAAGUUAUUUAAGACCCGCGGCCGAUCGAGAUUAUCGCAGUCGUUGCAGCUGGUGAACUAAAGCACAAUGGCGGACAAGGAAAAGAAGGUGAAGAAGAAGAAGAAGGAAGAGGGAGGUGACGCGCCGGCCCCGGCUGCAGCCCCAGCUGCCGAAACACGCACUUCGUCGAAGAGCUCGUCGAAGAAGGCGAAACGUUCGGGAUCCAAUGUGUUCUCGAUGUUCUCGCAGGCCCAGGUGGCCGAAUUCAAAGAGGCGUUCCAGCUGAUGGACCACGACAAGGACGGCAUCAUCAGUAAGGAAGAUCUAAGGGCCACUUUCGACGCGGUCGGCAAAAUCGCCAACGAGAAGGAACUGGACGAGAUGAUCCGCGAGGCACCAGGACCGAUCAACUUCACCCAGUUGUUGGGACUGUUCGGUAGCCGUAUGGCCGACUCCGGCGGUACCGAUGACGACGAGGUAGUCGUCGCGGCGUUCAAGUCCUUCGACGAGAGCGGUACCAUCGACAGCGAAAAAUUCCGUCACGCUCUGAUGACGUGGGGCGAUAAGUUUUCGUCGAAAGAGGUCGACGACGCUUUCGACGCGAUGGAAAUCGACGACAACGGCAGAAUAGACACACAAGCCCUCAUCACUCUCCUUACCGCGUCCGCCGAAGAGGAAGGAGAAGGCGAAGCCGCGUGAACGCACCCUUAUGUAACCGUUUAUUCCUUAAAAAAUAUAGUUUGUGGUCAGUGA